AUGGGAGAAGAUAAACAUCACGCAGAUUACGCUAAUAUUAGUUCUUCUUUAUCCAAAGAGGAAACCCUUCAGCAUAUCCUUGAUUCAUACUCGGCCUUGGCGUCUGAUACCACCAACUGGGUAGCCAAUUUAUCUAAUUGCUCGUCAUUAUUAUGGCAUGCAUACCACUCGCUUAACACUCCAGUCAAUUGGGCUGGGUUCUACGUUCGUUCUAAACCCGAAGAAUUAAUUUUAGCUCCAUUCCAAGGGAAAGUUGCCUGUCAAAUUAUAAAAUUCGGUAGUGGUGUAUGUGGAACAGCUGCUCUGUCUCAAAAAACACAAUUGGUGCCUGAUGUUGAAAAAUUCCCUGGUCAUAUUGCCUGUGAUGGCGAAACCAAGUCAGAAAUUGUCGUGCCUAUAGUCAAGGAUGGCCAAACUUUAGGUGUUUUGGAUUUAGACUGUUUGGAUUUAAACGGUUUUGACAAAGUUGAUCAAGAGUAUUUGGAAAAAUUAGCUGAGUUGAUUAGUGAAACUUGCGAUUGGACUAAAUUGUAA